AUGACUAACGAGACGCCCCAAAUACCUCCAGAAAUCGACACAAAGAUCCUCGAAUACCAAGGACAAUCUAUCACGAUUUCGGAAGCAAAAGAGAUUUUAGAAACCUGGGGCAUUUUCGACUCUAAGUUCUUCGAACCCCACGUGUCCGCCGCAGCCUACGUAAAAUUCGUCAAGACGGUGAACAUCUUCAUACCCAUCGAUGAGGACCCACCAUCUGUUCUCCAAAACAUACAAGAAGGUCAGGCACACUCCGAAACCCACCAGGGCCUUCGACAGCCCAUUCGAAACUCCAUAUUUCGAAACCCCAUCCACCGCGUGAGUAUUAUCCUCAGCGAGGUAACCUUGAUAGCAAAUUCCAUAAUCCCCGCCCCAGUCGCAUUGAAACCAUAUCCAGGUUAUGUUGCACCAGCCGAGAUGGAAGAUGAUGGCGCAUACAAGAGCGUAGAUGGGAUUGAGACGCUUGCGGAGGAGGAAGACCAUGUCGACGAUGCCAUGAUUAAUGGAGACGAAGGGAAGGAAUGGCGCGUAGAAAAUGAACCAGCUAUUUGGGUGAGUCUUAGUGAAAUGGGAAUUUUAAGUGAAGGACACUUACGCGAUGGACCAGCGCUGGUAGUUGGGGCGGUAGGAGACCUGUUCGAGAGGCGCGUUGUAGAGCUGUGUUGCGUAGGCGGCUGCUAG